UUGAUAAUAUAUAAUGACGAAAAACUGCGUCCUUCUGUUAGUAUCAGUUUGAAACUCCAACAACACUACGACGAUGUCAGCAGAUCAAUCCUCGCCUAUGGCAGCGCCAAACAACAGCGGAACCAAUGACAUUUACACUAACGAGUUGUGGUCCGAGGACGGGGCAAUGGCUAUGCUGGAGGCUGAACUAUUGAGAAGCGACGCUGCACCUGCCGACGUCGACCUGUUUGAUGAAGAAAACUCAUUAAUGGAACUGUUGACCAGAGCUGAAAAGCAACUCAAGGAGCAAAACCUCUGGCAACCACUUCAUCAAACGGAUCGACGUCAGCAACAGGUUUCCAGCCCCGAUCUCCCUCCCCCUUCAUCGCCGCAUUGCCAGCAGCUUGUAAUAUACACAUCGCCGCCACCCGCCACCCGAGCUGCUGCGAUCCCCCCCGCCUUCACCAUCACAUCACACCAACAAGUCCGGAUACCCCCCGCCCCCACAACAAGAAUCUCCCCCGCCUUCACCGUCACAUCACAAGUCCGGAUACCCCCCGCCACCACAACAAGAAUCCCCCCCGCCUUCACAUCACACCAACAAGGUUGUCCCCCCGCCGCCGCUGCCUCCACCGCUCAUCCUUAUAGUCGUCCACGCGCAAUCUUAGGAUCUAACUCUAUGCGUCAUGAAUUCGAUUUCGAUGGCCUGAUAAGAUUUUCAGAUCCAUCCCGACGUCGUACAAUUGCGUUAAAACAUUUAUCCGAUGCAUUUCAGUAUCCUGUUUUAGGUGCGCGUGUUGUGCGCUCCUACAACAAGGAUGCUGUUAUCAUUAGGGUAGCAAAUGUAGGACGUCGGGGCAACGAAGAUGCCGAAAUUGAAACAUUCAUGCCGCAUAGAUUUACUGCUAAGAUUACGCGUGCGAAUGUACAGUCAUUUAAUUCAGGUUGCCACAAUUUAAUAAUGCAAGUUGUACAUAAUGAAGGUCGUUCCUCUGAUAUAAGGCUGAAUCGACGGUCGCGACAGCGGCCGUAGAUUCAGCUGAUCAGAGGAACAUUUUUAAAUUAAUAAUAUUUAAAAUUUUAAAUUUUUUUUUUUUUUUUUAAUUGUGGCAAUUUGAAUUAAAGGAUUAGGUUUCUUUUUCUUCUUGUUCAAAUAUAAUAAAUUAUAUAUAUAUAUAUAUGUUGAUUAUUGCACUUCAUUUAACUUACCUUGUGUGUGUGCGUGAUCAACAACUGUGCACAACUGAUGUACAAACAUUGUUCUGCAUGACUAUUUAUAGUCAAAGGUUAAUGACUCAUGGUCAUGCAUAGCUGCACACAUGCGUCAUACAUGAAUGCGUUCAGUUGCAUGUCACUGCAAACUUAGUUUGCCAGCAGACACGAUGGGAGUCAAGUCAAUAGGACAAGAAAUGAAAAUAAUCAUAGUAUUUGUUACAUUCAUAAUAUACACAAUUAGUAUGAUAUUACUCUUAUACUAUACUCUGAGUACUUGUACAUUGCACAAUAUUAGAGUUGAAAAUGUGUUAAAUUUUUCAUCAUUAAACCAAACUGUAAAAGACAGCAGCAGCAGCAGCAGUACUGCCAAUUUAAGCGUAAAAGCUUAUAAUAAAGCACAUAUAUUAUCUUAUAUAAAACUAUGUGUUCAAUCUCAAAUGAAUUAUAAAACAUCGAAAUUAUUUGAUGAUGGACUAGACAAAUGGUAUGCUUAUAUGAAUGAUCAACGUAAGGUUAUUUGUAAUUUUUUUAACAAUUAUACAGCAUUGAACAGUUGUAUAAACAUAAACCCAUCGUCUGGUGAUAGUAUUUCGAAUUUUCUACUAAUAACAACAUUACAACUUUGUAAUAUUUUUGAUAGUGAGCCGGAGCCGACAGGUCUUAAGGGGAUUAACUAAUUUCUAUUUAGUCAGGUUUCAACAUUGCUAUUGAAAGGAUGGUAGCAAAAAAGACUUGUCGUCGUCGACGAGUGCGACGUAAAAUUGGUACUGGUAUUUUAUCGAAACUUAGCGGAUUUGCAUCAACCGCCCUUAAUAAAAUUGUCGAUACAUUACCCCUGGAGUUGCAUAUCCCCUCCUACCGCUUUUGCGGACCCGGCACCAAAUUAGAUAAAAGAUUAAGGAGGGGGGACAAAGGAAUAAAUAGUCUGGAUGAAGCAUGUAAAGAGCAUGAUAUAGCGUAUGCGAAGAAUAGUGAUAAUUCGUCGCGAAAUGUGGCCGAUCGUCGUUUGGCUGAUAAAGCAUGGUCUGUUUUUAAAAAUCCAAACACAGGUUUAACUGAAAAAGCAGCCGCAUACUUAGUUACAAAUUUGAUCAAAGCUAAAGCUGCCUUUGGCGGGGGUAGAGUACAACGGAGGCGGCGGCGGCGGAAUAAUAGAAGAGAAGGUUGGAAAAAUAAUUCAUCACUACAAGAACAAAGAAGUGCACAUUUACGACAAAAAGCAAUUAAACAUUUAAGUAAGCACAUAGCUGGUCAAGGUUUUUAUUUAAGACCAUAUGCGCCCUUGUAUAAAGGCGGUAGAAUCAUUGAAACACCUUCACAAAGAAGAAGGACAACAAAGAAGAAGAAGAGGACGAGGAGGAGAGCGCCAAAGAAAGUGAGAAAAUGAAGAUUAAUAUACAAGGACCACUGUCAAAUUAUGAUCUACAAGAUUGGGCUGAUAUUUUAGAUAUUAAAUUGCGUGGUAUUUAUAUGAUUGAUACAUUGCCAAAAAGAAUUAAUUUAAAUGAAAAAUCGAUCAUAAAUUUAGACUCGAUCAUGAACAGUGGAACACACUGGGUGGCUUACAAAAAACAUGCACAAAAAGUAUAUUAUUUUGAUCCAAUUGGUAAUUUACAGCCGCCCAUACAAUUGAUAAACUAUUUCAAACAACAACCAAAUGUUGAAAUUUAUUUCAAUUAUGAUCAAUUACAAACACUAAAUAGUAAUGUAUGCGGUCAUUUUUGUCUUUUAUUUCUUGCAGAUGCGUUAUAGCAGACAGUUCACUUGUAGAUGUGUAUGAAAGAAGGUGGUGGUAAAACAGUAGUAGUACGCAAUGGUUGUAAUAACAUUAUCAUCUAAAGACCGUAGCAGCAGCAGCAGUUGUCUAAUUGAAGUACUUCCCACUGUACUAGAGCUAGACGCACGCUAUCAAUAUGAAAUUGGAUUGAUUAAUUUAUGGACAUACAAUAGUGUACCGAAUAUAAUUAAAAAUGUCAACUCAUCUUUUAAGUAUGGUGAUAGCUUGAUUGAUUUGGAUACAGGCUCCUACGAAAUUGAUCGUAUAAUAAAUGAAAUAAAGAGAAAAUUGAACGUUGAUAGUUCAAAUCUAAUUAUACAAGGAAAUAAUACGACAAUGCUAUGUGAAUUGAAAGCGGAUAAAGAUGUUGAUUUAACAAUGAACACAUCACUAGCCGAUAUACUCGGUUUUGAUAGAGAAAUUCUUGCAGCAAAUAAAUGGCAUUAUUCUAAACGUUUAGUAUCCAUUACAAAUAUAACAUCGUUCCAGGUUACUUGUAAUAUUGCAUGCGGCAGUUAUCGAAAUGGGCAAGAGGUUCAUACAAUUUUUGAAUUCCUACCAAAGGUUGCACCUGGUUUUCUAAUAAAUGAAUCACCAUCGCCAAUUAUUUACUUUCCAUUAAACACGCACAGAAUUCAAUCUAUUGUAAUUCAAGUAGUUGAUCAGAAUGGUAAACUAGUUGAUUUCCGCGGCGAUAGUAUAACAAUAAGAGUACACAUUAGAAAGAAGGAAUAGAGAGAGAGAGAGAGGCGGUGAUGGAUCAAGCAUGUGUUAGAAUGAUGUGAGCAUUAGUCACGCAAACAACACAAGCGAGAGAGCAAGAAGCGCUACAGAAUGGGUUUUGUUGUGUAUAACAACCUAGGCGCGAGGAGGGUGUGGAGUGGUGGCGGUAGGACUGCUUUUAGCAUGCAGCAACCGACACCGGUUAGUACUUAUCAGUCCGUGAAACUGAUAACACAUAAUCGAGCAAGGUUUUUAGAAAAGCUUGGUUUUAAAGUGAAUUGGAAAUAUGUCGUCAAAACACGCGGCAGCAAUUAGUGACAUACUAAAUGUUGAACAAGACAUACACUAUUAUUCAGAUAUAACAAAAUUUGAUUAUCAUACGCAUGCGCCGUAUGGUAAUUUGAAAUUUAAUAACAAUGAUGAAAUACGUUUGUCGAAAUCGUCUCAUGACCUUAUUUCAUUAGUUGCAAAAUCUUUUCUUAUUGUUGAGGGGAAAAUUACAUGUACAAAACCGCCGGCAAAAGACAAACCUGAUGAUCCGCCGGUCGAGGCUGUAUAUACGCUCAGUUCAAAUGCAGUAGCACAUAUGUUUGAUGAGAUACGAUUUGAGUUGGCAGGUACAGUCGUUGCAAAGAGUCGACUAGUAGGUAUUACUUCUACUAUUAAAUCAUAUUUAGUGAAACAACUAAACGAUAAAAAUACAUAUAAUUUAGCAGGUUUCACUGAUAGUGCAUCAACACUAACUAAUAAUACUUUUGCUUAUUGCGUACCGUUAAAAUUACUUCUGCCAUUUUUCGAAGAUUUUCAACAUGUAAUUUUGAAUAUGAGACAAGAGCUUGUGCUUUUGAGGUCCGCAACAGAUAUUAAUUGUAUUGAGUCGUCGCAAGCAACAUCAAUGUCGUUGGAAAUAACAAAAUUGCUUUGGAAAGUGCCCUAUAUUCAUGUAGAUGAUCAUUUAAGAUUGAAAUUUCUGAAAAUUGUCGAUCAGGAUAGGCCAUUGAAAAUUGCAUUCAGAAAAUGGGAUAUCCACGAAUAUCCUCAGCUGCCGAACAGUGUUAGCACGAUUUGGACUAUAAAGACGGCUUCAAAAGCUGAUACACCGCGAUUUGUAAUAUUAGCAUUUCAGACAAACAGGAAAAAUGUAAUGGGAAAGUCAAUGUCGAAAUUUGAUAUGUGCAAAUUGCACGAUGUUAAACUUUUCCUGAAUAGUGAAUAUCUGCCGUAUGAUCGUAUAAAUGGAAACAAUCAACUUUUGUACAAAAUGUUUAUUGAAUUUGCGCCCAGCUAUUAUAAUUUAGGACUUCAUACUGAUUAUGGUACAGUUGUAGAUUAUAAAACUUUUACUGAUUGCUGUCCAAUAAUUGUACUAGAUUGUUCACAUCAAGCUGAUCAUUUAACAUCAUCAACAGACAUUCGAUUGGAAAUGGAGUUUACAGAAAAUGUGCCAAAUUUAACGACUGCAUAUUGUAUUUUGAUAAGUGACACAUUAGUAGAAUACAAACCAUUGAGUGCAUUAGUUCGUGAAGUACAGUAAUUUGACGCAAGAGCAAGCUAUGCAUGACAAAGAAGGAGGAGGGGGGUAUAUAAAAGUGCGUGUAUAAACAGUAAUUACAUCAGUGUUCAGUUGUAAUGUGUUCUAAUAGCUUGAAUAAUAACAUAGAUAUUCCUCAGUCGUCGUCGUCGUCGUCGUCAUUAUCAUCAUUAUCAUCAUCAUUGUCAUCAUUGACAAAAGCAAAAUUUGAUGCAUUUGUACAUAGAAUGUGUGCAUGCACCGACGGACAACAGAAAAUGGACGAUGAUGAGCAAGUAUCAACAAAAUUUCGAGACUUUGGCAUACAAUGCGACUUGGAUAAAGAAGAAGAAGAAUUGGAGAAGGAGGCAGCAAGAAUUAAGGAGGAGGAGGAGAAGAGUAAAGAAGAAUGGGACAGGAAAAAUGAUGACAUUGAUUUUGCUGUAGUCGAGUUUCAUUUUUUCAAAAGUGAUGAUAAUUUUAUCAUUAUUAAAGUGGUAGCCAUAAUCG